AUGGACUUCCACUACACUGAUGCUCUGGAGAAGCAUAACUGGAUUGGUGGAGGACUCGACGCUUAUAUCUACCAUGUCACUCCAACUAUUGUGGUGAAAACUGUUCGUUGCGACCGAACCCCCGAAGAAAAGGCAGCGGAGCAUCCUUUCCUCAAGGAGAUCGCAUUUUAUAAACGUCUUAAUGAAUGCCAGGAUCGAUGUCUGAAUAUUGUCGAAUGUCUCCUCAUGCUCCCAGACUAUCUUUUUCUAUCAUAUUGCACGCACAAGGCAAUUGCCCCUCGCUUCUAUGAAUGCCAGGAGCGGGAGACAGGAACAAAUGGGUUUCAUGGGCGUCUUAUUAGGGCCAAGGAAUAUGAGGAUCCUACUCUUAUCGCUCGGUGGAUCCAACAACUCACCUCUGCUCUCGACUAUGUGGAGAAAAUGGGCUUCUGUCACAAUGAUCUGCAUGCAAGCAACUGUCUUCUUGACAGUAACUUCAACUUGAAGCUAACUGAUUUUGGUCGUGCCACAACUAUUGGACAGCCACUUGAAGGUACCUUGCCUCCACGGGCCCAACCAAUACUUGCUGGACCAUUGAAAGGCACAUACGGUCUCUGUUCCGCCAGGACUGAACAGUUUGCGGUUGGGACACUCCUAUACUUCAUGGUAUAUGGCUAUGAACCCUACGACGACAUCAUCCUCAGCGCCGCGGAAUGGGAUCGCCGAUUUGGGGAAAUGGAGUUUCCAGAACUUACCCGCAACGUAGUUUUUGAUGGUCUUAUUUCUGCUUGUUGGCACAAUGUCUAUCCUACAAUGGCCUGA